CAAAAAUCAAAAAAUCCCAACCAAAACAAAGUACAAACAAGCAGUAAUUAGAUUGGCCUGUUAUUAAGAAUUUCUAAUUUUGAUUUUUAUGGGCUUCCAAAAUCGUUUAGAGUAUACAUACCAAAUACGACUUUUUUAUAACUUCAAACAUAUUUAAAGAGUAAAGAGGUAAAAUUCAACUACUCACAUAAUUUGACCUGGAAAUCUGUAAAAAGCCAUUCAAAAGCAAGUGUUGGAAUCCCUAGGGAAUAAUUUUAAAAAGGCCAUAUUAAAGUAAUGUUACAAUGUCAAUCAAAAAUAGAGGUAGGAAUAUUUUAAGUCUUACUCAGGCAGAAAAUAACAAGAUUCAAACACAAUUGGAGAAGUUACAUGCUGAUGCAUGUAAUGAAAGACUUUUGGAUUUAGAAAGCCCACCAAACUAUUCUGUAUCAACAAAUUCUGGUGAUCUUGAAGGAAUUUUGGAUCUGGGUGUUAAAUUAAGUGGAUUAAGUUCAAGUAGUUCACUAAGUUGGAGUGAAGAUUAUGAAUCAGAAGUUGGCAAGAAGGUUCAAUCAGAACUGGAGAAGUUGGACAGAUUGUUUCAAGGGUUAGAUGAAGAUCCUAGUCCCUAUGAUUUACAGGAAAUACAUGAAUGGAAACAGUUUUUUCCAUAUCUUCACAUUCUCGGUAGUACAACACCAACAAAUUCAUCACAAAAUUCUAACGGCAGUUCAGAAACCGAAGAAGAGGCUACCAAACCAAAUCAAACUCAAAAUUUAUCACAAGAGAGUAUUCUUCUUGGAACCCAAAGUUCUUUCGUAAAUCGACGCAGACAUCAUCCAACCUUUGGCAACCCAAAUUCAUUACGGGACUGGAACACCGUACCACCUAAACCUAAAAGCUUAGAAAUAAAUCAGUAUCUCAGAAUAUCUUCUAUUAAAAGCCCGGAUACGACAAACCGAAAGCAAGUACAAUCGAUUUCAAAAAAGGAUCUAUUAGAUGACCAGUCUCCUGAGUAUAUCUCUCUCCCUUUUAUUACUGCUACUUCAUUGCACACACAAACUAAAAGGAAACUCCAAAGAAAUAAACCUGCGAACAGUUUAGUUUUACCACCAAUAGAAAAUACUUUUAGAUCGAUAUCGGCUACGCCAAGACAAGCUUCGAGUAAAAGUAUGUUUGUUAGUUUUAACUACGAUAGAUCACGUAAUAAGGUAACUCAAGCAGCCAAAUUAAAAAGUGAACUGAUGAAACUCUUCGAUCACAUUCCAAUUACUAACAGAUAAUAUUUGUUCACAUAAAGAAACGUAUGUAUAUAGACAGAUAACUGGUUAAAAAUAAUUUUAUAAAAUGAUUCGCAAUGAAAAUUUUGUAUUUUAAGAAAUAUAACUACCAUUAUUUUUUUAA